AUGAAGUUGGAGACCUGCAUCUACUCUGGAUACAAAAUCUACCCUGGACACGGAAAACGUGUUGUCCGUCCCGAUGGAAAGGUCCAAAUUUUCCUCUCUGCAAAAACUUUUCGGUCCACCAAGCUAAAGCGCAGUCCCAGGGAUAUUCGCUGGACCGUUCUCUAUCGUAUAAAGCACAAGAAGGGAUCUCAUGGACAAGAGCAUAUCCAAAAGAAGAAGGUUAAGAAAGUUGCCACAACUCUUAACCGUGCAGUAGCAGGAAUGUCUCUUGAAGCAAUUCUCGCCAAACGUAACCAGACUUCCGAUUUCCGACGCCAACAACGUGAGCAGGCAGCUAAAGCCGCCAAGGAAGCCAACAAGGCAGCCAGAGCAGCCAAGGCCGCUUUGAAUAAGGAGAAGAAGCCCGUCCCACAGAAGAUGAAGCCACCAAAGCCAGUGAAGGCCGCCGCUCCCCGAGUCGGAGGAAAGCGUUAA